AUGCAGGAGCGGUCACCACGUGGUGGUCACUGCCUCCAGGGCAGGGUGCCACGUGCCUGUGUGCACCUGUGCAACACAGAUGGCGAAGAAGCUGCCGGCCAGGCGGCCCCUGCUCAACGGGCCGUGAAGGUCAGCGUGCUGGCUGUCUGCAUCACUGAGUCCCACCAGCCGCCCUCAGGUCCUCCAGCCCAGCCUUCCCGAGCCCCCUUUAUUGCAAAAGUGGCGCCCGUGUGCAGCAGGCUGGAACCUUACUAUAGAUUCAAUGACCUCAAGUACAGAUGGAUCUCGUGGGAUAACUGGACCUACAGCAAGGAAUUUAAACUUCCCUUUAACAUCAGUCAAUGGCAAAAAGUGGUUAUGAUUUUCGAGGGAGUUGACACAGUGUCCCAAAUCCUGCUGAAUAAUGUUCCCAUCGGAAAGACAGACAACAUGUUUGACAGAUACGUCUUCGACGUCACCAGGCUGCUCCGGGCCGAGAAUCGGGUGGAGCUGCGGUUCCAGUCCCCUGUGCUGUAUGCGGCCCAGCAGAGCGCAGCCCACACGGCCUACCAGGUGCCCCCCGCCUGCCCCCCGGCCGUGCAGAAGGGCGAGUGCCACGUCAACUUUGUGCGCAAGGAGCAGUGUUCCUUCAGCUGGGACUGGGGGCCUGCCUUCCCCACCCAGGGCAUCUGGAAAGACGUCCACGUGGAAGCUUACAACGUCUGCCACCUCAGCGACCUCACCUUUGCCCCUCUCUAUGAUGACUACACCCAGGUGUGGAAUCUUGAGAUAGAGGCUUAUUUUGAUGUUGCCAGCCCAGAGCCAGUCAGCGGCCAAGCGACCAUCUCCAUCCCCAAACUGCAGAUACAGCAGAGAUACCCCGUGGCGCUCCAGCCUGGGGGGAGGAUGGUGCGGUUACUUGUGAAAAUUAACAAGAACACUAAUGUGGAAACCUGGUGGCCUCGUGGGCAUGGACCACAGACUGGGUACGACAUGCUGGUUCUUUUCAAGCUGGAUGGAGGCUUAGUUAUUCAAAAAUCAGCUAAGGUUUAUUUUAGGACAGUGGAGCUUGUGCAGGAGCCUAUAGAAGGAUCUCCUGGUCUGAGUUUCUACUUCAAAAUCAAUGGGCGCCCCAUAUUUCUGAAAGGCUCGAACUGGAUCCCAGCUGACUCGUUCCAGGACCGAGUGAGCUCAGACUUGCUGCGGCGCCUCCUGCAGGCGGCCGGGGACGCCAACAUGAACGCCCUGCGGGUGUGGGGCGGCGGCCUCUACGAGCAGGACGCCUUCUACGAGAUCUGCGACGAGCUGGGGCUCGUGGUGUGGCAGGACAUGAUGUUUGCCUGCGCCCUGUACCCCGCGGACCCCGCCUUCCUGGAGUUGGUGCGCCGGGAGGUGGCCUACCAGGUCAGGAGACUGAAGUCUCACCCCUCUGUCAUCCUCUGGAGUGGCAACAAUGAGAACGAAGCCGCCCUCAAGAUGAACUGGUUCAACGUGAGCGACACGCGCACCUAUGUCAGGGACUAUGUGGCCCUGUACGUGAAGACCAUCCGCGAGGCCGUCCUGUCUGGAGACAAGACCCGCCCUUUUGUCACCUCCAGCCCUACGAACGGGGCCGAGUCAGUCGCCGAGGGCUGGCUCGCCACCUACCCAUACGACACCCACUUCGGCGACACCCAUUUCUACAACUACACCAGUGACUGCUGGGACUGGCGAGCGUUCCCCAAGGCGCGCUUCGUGUCCGAGUACGGACACCAGUCCUGGCCUUCCUUCAGCACGCUGGAGCAGGUGUCGUCCGCAGAGGACUGGUUUUACGAAAGCGACUUUUCCGCUCACCGACAGCAUCACUCUGGCGGGAACGCCGAGAUGCUGCGUCAGGCUGCUUUUCACUUCAAGCUGCCCCAGAGCACCGACCCCGUGCGCAGGCUCAGAGACACGAUCUACCUCACGCAGGUGACGCAGGCCCAGUGUGUGAAGACGCAGACCGAGUUCUACCGGCGCAGCCGCAGCGAGGUCGUGCACGGGGAGGGGCACACCAUGGGGGCCCUGUACUGGCAGCUGAACGACAUCUGGCCGGCGCCCUCCUGGUCCUCUCUCGAGUACGGCGGCAAGUGGAAGAUGCUGCACCACUUCGCCCAGCGCUUCUUCGCCCCGCUGCUGCCCGUGGGCUUCGAGAGCGAGGACGUGCUCUUCAUCUACGGCGUGUCCGACCUGCCCACCGACUGCAGGGUGAAGCUCACGGUGCAGGUCCAUGCGUGGCGCUCGCUGGCGCCCCUGUGUUCGCUGCAGACGGAGCUCCUGGCGCUGAGGGCCGGCGAGGCGCGGCUGCUCUUCCAGAAGCCGGUGCCCGAGCUGCUGCGGAGCUGUCAGAACUGCACCCGGCAGGCCUGUGUGGUCUCCUUCCAGCUUUCAGCUGACAGCCGGGCCCCGAGCCCGACCAACUACCACUUCCUGUCUUCCCCCAAGGAGGCCGUGGGGCUCCGCAGGGCCAACAUCACGGCCGCCAUCUCUCAGCAGGGCGACACCUUUGUCUUCGAUCUGGAGACCUCGGCCGUGGCGCCCUUUGUCUGGCUGGACGUGGGGCGCAUCCCCGGCCGCUUCAGCGACAAUGGCUUCCUCAUGACCCAGAGGACGCAGAGGGUGCUCUUCCAGCCCUGGGCGCCCACCAACAGGAGCGCCUUGCAGCAGGCGCUGCACGUGACGUCCCUGGCGGACCUUGGCUGAGGCCGUCUGCUCAAGCAAGUGGACAGCGCUGCCCCGCGCAGGGCAGGGUCGAGGCUCCUCCUUCCGCGAGCUGCCCUCAGGUGACGCGGCGCCCAGGCGGCUCUCUGGGGAGCGAGUGCGGGAAGCUGCGGAUUGGCGUCUUUCCCGUGCGGGCUCAUGACACGGCUCCAGCGGCGCAGCUUAUUGGCUCCCAGCCAGGAGUCACCAGGGCGUCACCAGGUGGCCUGGGCAGCUCUCGGGCGUGGGCCUCAGGUUUGCACCCUGGCGACUGCAGCCCAAAGGUAGGGUGCGGUGGGAACGUGGCCACACGCGGGUGAACCCCCUUCACGUGGGCUUAUGCCGCUUGCUUGGUGAUUAAUCAUGAAUUGCUGUACAAUUCUGGAUGGUGCAUUCGCGAUUUUCAAGGUGAUUUUGCUCUCAGGGAAGUGGGCCGGGCUGGCGCGCGGGCGGCCAGGCCAGGAGCAGUUUGGGCCGCUUUGUGCACGUUUGACACGGAAUCCAGGUUUCCUAAGUUGCAGCCAGGACGACACUGUGGGAGGGUCGUUCGCAACUCCCAGUUGCGCGGGUCACUCAGCACUGGGCUUUGAGGAGUCUGGACGGAGGUGCCACGCGCUUGCCUCUGGUGACCGCUGCACUAGGCGUGAGCGCGCCGUCCUGCUGUAAACCCAAAGCCCACGCCCUUGGGGCUCACGGCCAGGUGGCCACCCCCGCCCCCUGCCCGCUGGCACGGGGGCUCCGGCCGGUGGUCUCAAGGCCUGCUCCAUGCGGAGCCCACGCGGGACGGGAGCAGGGGCUGCAGGGGGUCUUAGGCGACGGACAGGUUGGCUCCUCGGAACUGCACAGCCCUGCUCUGGCCAGGGGAGGCAGGAGGGCUCGGCUCUGCUGGGUCCGGGGUGUCUGUGCCAGGCCAGACACCCCGAUCGGGCUUUGAGGCCCAGGGUCAGACUCCCAGCGCUGCCCCACAUCCUGGGCCCAGUAGUGUAUGGCGUCGCACUUGGUGACUUCCGCCACCCCCAGCCUCCUUGUGUCCCCCUGCCGGGACACAUGUCAGGCUCUGGGUGUCCGAGGGGCCUGUGCCGGGAGGGCGGGGUGAGGCCAGCCUGGGGCCCCUCACCUCUCCACGUGGGUUCUUCCUCCUUUUGCUCUUCAGUGGGGAGCUCCUGACCAGCGGGAGACUUGUCCUCUGAGGGAGAGAGAAGUGGGGUACAGGUGGAGGGGGUACCCAGUAUUUUCGCCUGGGCCCCCUCCUCCCUCAGGUGGGCC